AUGACUUUAUUUAUAGGAUAUGUUCCCGAUGGAGGAGUUGAACUUGGACCCAUCAACCAUAAUACUUUUAUAGCAAGAAGACAAAAGGAUGGAGAGAGAUCUGAGUUCAAGUCGAGGAUAUGGUUUAGAGAUGGAAGGGCAUGGAUCUAUGAAGUACCCUCAAUGGCGCAUUCAUACACUGUCAAUGCGAUCAAUAUGAUGAUAUGGGUUCAAACAUUCCCAAACCAACAUUUGUUGCGCAUCGGAGGAGAUGCGACAUUGAUCCUCCAACCAGGACAUGCAAAUGCUGAGCCAGACCAAUCUUUGCAACCUCUUCGACCCAAUGUCCCCAACAAUCAUUCGGCAGAUGGACAUGGAAAUCCUUACCCAACAUUGGUCAUCGAAACAGCCAAGUCUCAAUCACUUCCAGUGUUACAUCAAAAGUGCCUCGACUAUUUCAUGGAUCGUGUUGCUGCUGUGCUUCCUGCUCCUGGUGUCCCUGCUGUGGCUGCAAUACCAAGCACAAUCAGGAUCGUUAUUGGUGUCAAGAUCUAUCCCAGAAACAAUGGAGACUUUGCGAUGCUUGUUUUGUACUAUCAGAAUGGUGCAGCAGCAAAUCCUGUCAGGAUCAUCUCUUGUGGAACGACACAUUUGGAUAUCACCAAUACAAUCCAAAGACACUUGCCUCCCAUAUCUCCACCUGGAUAUGCUGCUCCUCAUGGCUAUGAAGGUGUCAUGCCUCCAGUUGGGCCUCCUCCACCUGUAGCCAAUCCAGCCAAUCCCCUCAACCUUCAAAAUCCUUGUAAUGCACUUGGUCUUCCACUUUACCAACUCCAGAUACCAACUGUUGAACUGUUCAAUGGAGCACCACCCUUGCCACCAGGUGUCAUUAUUCCUCCAUUCUAUGCUAGUUGGAAUAGAACGACCGGUGAGAGUUCAAUAACAGAAUUAGUUCUAUUGCUAAUGUUGUUGUAUACAUUUAUUUGUCUUUUCUCUAUUACUUAA